GGAAUAGAGACAAUUUUUUACAGAAAGCAUUUGAUGCGUUCUUAGAAUCCGUGACAAAGGUACAUGGUCUCCCUAUGUAUCUCGUUAUCCGGGCGCAAAUGGAUCUCUUCUUGCACUUUAACAACGCCAUGUUUGGUUGCAAGUGCAACAAUGUCUUCCUCCUCGUCUCAAUCCUCCUCCUCCCCCAAACAACCCCCAGCCCUAACCCCACCAUCCUCUACGACAUCUACCCCUUCAUCAGAGUCUACACCAACGGCACCAUCCAGCGCUUCAUCGGCCAGGAUUUCUCCCCCCCAAACGACGACCCUCUCUCCGCCGUCCGAUCCAAGGACAUUCAGAUCUCCCCAAACCCUAACCUCAUCUCCGCCCGCCUCUACCUGCCCCGACCACCACACCCUUCCCACCGAUUCCCCCUCCUCAUCUACUUCCAUGGCGGCGGUUUCUUCACCGAAUCCGCCUUCUCCAACACCUACCACACCCACCUCACCUCCCUCGCUUCCAAAUCCAAAGUCCUCGCCGUUUCCGUAAAUUACCGACUGGCGCCGGAGCACCCCCUCCCCACCGCCUACCAAGACGCCUGGCGAGCCCUAAAAUGGUCGCUCCGCCACGCCGCCGGCAUUAAUGGCACCGAGCCGUGGCUGACGCGCCACGCCGACUUCAAUCGCGUCUACUUAGGCGGGGACAGCGUCGGCGCCAACAUCGCCCACCGCAUGUCACUCCUGAUCGGAGAAGGAUAUUCCGGCGUCCGCGUCGCCGGCAUGUUCCUGAACUGCCCGUACUUUCUGGGCAGCCGGGCGGUGGGGAACGAGUUGGCGAGCGAGUACUCGUACGUGGCGGAGCAGAUGAAGAAGCUGUGGCGGUAUGCCUACCCGAACAGCACGGGCGGGUUGGACGACCCGCUAGUGAAUCCGGGUAUGGAUAGGGGGCUAAGGGGAGUGGGUUGCGGGAAGGUGCUGGUGUACGUGGCGGGGAAUGAUUGGUUGAAGUACAGAGGGUGGUAUUACAAGGGGGCGUUGUCGAGGAGCGGGUGGGUCGGGGAGAUUAAGGUGGUGGAGGUGGGAGGGGAGAGCCACGUCUUCAAUUUGAUCAACCCUCGCACCCCUAAGGCUCUCGCGAUGCUUACGGCUUUGGCCAAUUUUCUCAACGCUCGUUGGUGACCACAUCCCAAUUCCAAUUUCUACCAGAUCCAUUCACAUUAAUGUUUCUCUAUCCUUUGUCAUCUUUCUUUCUCUUCUUCAAUCAAGAAUAAACUUGGGCUCU